CGGGUAUGACGUCACCGGGGUCUUUCCUCGUGCGGCUCCGUGAGGGUCACGCAGUCGGGCUGAUCUCUGCUGUUAUUAUUAUUAUUAUUGUUGUUUCUCGGCUCUGAUAUCGUGUCUCUCGUCAUGAUGGGCGGCAGCAGCAGCAGGAUCGCGGCUGGUUUGGGCGCGGCGCUGUUCGUCGGUUACUGCAUUUAUUUCGACAGAAAGAGACGGAGUGACCCGAACUACAAGAACAAACUACGAGAACGAAGAAAAAAGCAGAAGGCGGUUCAGGAGACAGCUGGAUUAUCAAGGUUACCAGACCUGAAAGACGCUGAAGCCGUUCAGAAGUUCUUCCUCGAGGAGAUUCAGCUGGGAGAAGAGCUGCUGGCGCAGGGUGACUAUGAGAAAGGCGUGGAUCAUCUGACGAAUGCGAUCGCGGUGUGCGGUCAGCCGCAGCAGCUCCUGCAGGUCCUGCAGCAAACGCUUCCUCCUCCAGUCUUCCAGAUGCUCCUCACUAAACUGCCCACCAUCAGCCAGCGUAUCGUGAGUGCUCAGAGCGUCAGUGACGACGACAUCGAGUAGAAGACCUCCAGCAGCUCUGUGACAUCACUUCCUGUCUGCGUCGAAUCAGUCAGUCGCUCUGUCCCGCCCCUUUCCAUCCAGUUCUCAACACUGAACGCACUGAUUCUGAUUUAAAGCGUUUGGGAUCAAACGUCAUAGAGUUUUGUUUUGAAUCUGAGCUUCUGAGUUUGUCCUGUUGAAGUUGACGUGAGUUUUAGUGUAUUUGAAUGACAGAAAACAAACCGAACAAGGCAUUUUUGGGUUCACAAAAUCAUGAAACAUGCAAGACGUAAUUAAACGUGUCGCCGCAGAGGCUCAUAGAUGGGAUCUUUACAGUGUCCUUCAUCUCUCAUUGACUAAUGUUAAAAAGCAAGCCGAUUGAAGAAGGACGUGCUGCUGUGUUCAUGUUUUUAAGUUGUUUUUAAAGGCUGCGAGACGUCUAAUGUGGUAUUGUGGGAUAUGAAGCAUGUUUAAAGGUGCUCCGUUUCAAGUAGGGGAGAGUUUCCUCUUUUUUAAAAUCCAAAAUAAAUAAAACAUUCA